GUCUAAAACAUUUCUUUCUCUGCCAUCUCUUUCGUUUUCCUAUUGGGGUCAUCGUCACCUCAGGGUGUUUUCUUGGACGGUGCUACCGAUGACGUGGCGAACCCUCGCGGCAUGCCUUAAGGACAUGAGGGUCAUUUCAUGGAAAAGGAGCAAGGGUAUACAACGCUCUGAAACGAAAAGGGAGUCUUAAAAUGGGAACGAGUGCAGGCGAUCCCGUACUCUCAUCUCUUUGAACUUGACUACAGCUGAAACAAAAAUUUGUCUCGAACAGCUUUCGGAUUUUUCAAACCCACCCAUCACUUUCUCUCUCUAAUAACGUUCUCUUUCUCUCUGUGGAGAGAUUCAAUAUCGGAGCUUUUGAUUAGAAAUUUUGAGAGUCAGCUUUGUUAAGAGGUCUUGGAAGGUGAGUUGUUUGCAACAGGUUGGCUUCAAACUACUUAAUAUUUAUUAUAAGAUACAAUGGUAGCGAAAAUUCGGCAAAGUGCUACUGAGUCUCCUAAUCCAAAACCUGAGGUUGGAGAGAUUGACACCAGCCCACCUUUUCAGUCUGUUAAAGAUGCUGUCUCUCUAUUUGGUGAAGGUGCUUUCUCGGGUGAAAAACCAAUUAUUAAGAAGGCAAAACCUUAUUCUGCUGAGAGAGUAUUGGCCAAGGAGACACAACUACAUGUAGCCCAAAAAGAGCUGAACAAGUUAAGGGAACAGGUAAAGAAUGCUGAAACUACCAAGGUUCAAGCUCUUGUGGAGCUUGAAAGGGCGAAAAGAACAGUUGAGGAUCUGACACAGAAGAUGAAAGUUAUUGGUGAUUCUAGGGAGUUAGCGAUCAAGACAACCGAAGCUGCAAAGAGUCAGGCAAAACAACUUGCAGAAGAAAAGUAUGGUAUCCCUGACGUAACAGGUGGUGCUUGGAAGGAAGAAUUAGAUUCUGCAGUAAAAAGGUACGCAUCUGUCAUGACAGAACUUGAUGCAGCAAAGCAAGUAUUGAGCAAGACUCGACAAGAGUAUGAUUCAUCCUUGGAUGCAAAAAAGUCUGCUUUCAAGCGAGCAGCAGAAGCUGAAGAUGGAUUGAAGGAAAACACCGAAAGAGCAUCUGAGCUUUCUAAAGAAAUUUCAUCUGUAAAGGAAUCAAUUGAGCAAGCAAAGCUUGCAUCUAUUGUGGCACAGCAACAGCAAGCAAUGAUUUUGGCUGAGAAAGAUGUUCUAAGACAAUCGUAUAAAGCUACCCUGGAACAAUCUGAAAAGCAAUUGCUUGCUUUAAAGAAGGAAUUCAGUCCUGAGCUUUCCAAGAAUCUUGAAAUGCAGCUGGAGGAGAGAAUGAGUGAAAUUGGGGCUCUUCAAAAGGAAAUGGAAAAUAAAAGGAUGUCGGACUUGGACUCUGUUAAAAGUGUCACUUUGGAGCUUGAUGAUGCUAAGGAGUCACUGCAGAAAGUAGCAGAUGAAGAAAGCUCUCUUAAAAGCUUAGUGGAAUCUCUCAAGGUGGAACUGGAGAAUGUAAAGAAAGAACUUUCUGAGUUGAAGGAGAAGGAAUCUGAAACUGAAUCCAUUGUUGGGAAUCUGCACGUCAAGCUCCGCAAAAGCAAGUCCGAGCUUGAAGCCUGCAUGUCAGAAGAAUCUAAAGUUAGAGGUGUAUCUGAGGAAAUGAUCUUGACACUUAGCCAGCUGACAUCUGAAACUGAAAAUGCAAGGCGGGAAGCAGAAGAUAUGAAGAAAAAAACAGAAGAAUUGAAGAAGGAAGCUGAAGUUACUGGACUUGCAUUAGCAGAAGCAGAGAGAAAGCUUAAAGUGGCACUGGAAGAAGCAGAAGCAGCAAAAGCAGCCGAGAAAAGAGCUCUUGACCAGAUUACAGUGUUAACUGAAAGAACUACUGCUGCUCGUGCAUCCACAUCUGAAUCUGAUGCUGUGAUUACAAUCUCAAAAGAUGAGUUUGAUUCACUAAGCCAUAAAGUUGAGGAGUCUGACAAAUUAGCAGACAUGAAAGUGGCUGCUGCCAUGGCACAGGUUGAAGCUGUGAAGGCUAGUGAAAAUGAGGCUCUCAAAAAGUUAGAGACAACUCAGAAGGAAAUUGAGGAUAUAAAGACUGCAACACAAGAGGCCCUGAAAAAGGCCGAAAUGGCUGAAGCAGCAAAAAGGGCAGUGGAGAGUGAGCUCCGAAGAUGGCGUGAGAGGGAGCAAAAGAAGGCUGCAGAAGCUGCAUCCCGAAUUUUGGCUGAGACACAGGUGUCAACAGAAUCAUCACCUCAGCACUACAGGAUUCAAAAGCAGAAUCAUCCUCAUACAACUGCAGAGGUGAGGAAGUUUGAAAAGGAGAAGGUUUCAGUUUCAAAAAAAGCCCUCUUGCCUAAUAUUAGCGGCAUCUUCCAUAGGAAGAAAAACCAGGUUGAGGGUGGCUCUCCUUCUUAUCUGCCUGGUGAGAACCCUCUAUGAAAUAUGUAAUGUGCAGCAGUUUGUGCAGCUCUUGAAUUUGAGAGAAACAUUUAUUUGUGUGUAGUUGAGGAAUUUGAUCAGAUUUUGUUGUUGUAGUCUGUUUGAAGGAAAGGAUUGUGUAGUGUUUAUAGUUUGGUGAUAACUUUGGAGAUGCAUAAUGUAAAUGGGACCAAAGUAAGAUUAAAAUCUAUUGCUUUUUUUCUUCUGUU